AUGAUUCCUUUCUUGUCAUAUUACAUUUUACCUACUCAAGCCAUCGUGAGAAAAAAUCUUCAUAUUGGUAAUGUAAAAGAAGAUAUUGAGACUUUACUUUUGGCAUUGAGCCCAAUUUUAUAUAUUUUCCAUCAAGAUAUACCCAAACCUCAUAUACUUCAUCCUAAUAUAAUUCAAAAUUUGGCUAUAAAGCCUGAAACUUUAAAAUUACUACCACUGCUUGGCUGGUCACCCAAUAGUGUCGGAGAAUAUUGUUAUUGCGAUACAGAAUCAUUACAUGAAAUCGCACAUCGACAAGAGGCAGCACGCGAAUUCCGAAAAUUUUACAAUGAACUUGCGACAGUCAAAAAUAGGCAGCCGAAUCAACUCGAACAUUUUCUUAGUAUUCGAAUACCGGUUCCAUUCUCGUCGUAUUCAACUCUACCAGCUCAAAGUAUUGUAGAAGCCAAUGUUCGGAUUGGCCACGUGAAACAAGAUAUUGAGUCUCUGCUUCGGCCAUUGGUUCCUCUUCUGCUCAUUUCCAAACCGGAAAUACCGAAACCAACAUUUCUUCACUUGUCCAUCAUUCAAAAACUUGCCAUGAAGCCGGAAACAUUGGAACUUUUAGAACUUUUCGGUUAUUUUCCAAGUGGGAACGGUGAUUAUACAUUGAUUGAUGCAAAAUCCAAGCACGAAAUAACGCAGCGUACGGAAGCUGCCUGGGAAUUCCGUCGAUUUUAUGAUGAAUUGAAGAAGAUCAAGGAUGAUCAUGUCGGUGUACUUGAAUAUUAUUUAAGUCAUUCAAAAAGUGCGAUUAAGGCAACCGAGUUGUGUUUCUAA